CCUUCUCUUCCGAGCGCGCACGCGUGCGCGGGCCUGUCCCCGCCCGGCCGCCGUCGCUUCCUCCUGGGCGGCUGUUUCUCAUCCGGGUUACGCGCGGCGGCGGCGGCAGUGGGACGCGGUGGGGCUGUGCCCGCCGGGCCGAGCGCGCAGUAUAUGGUAACUCUGUCAGCUUUUGACCAUCCCAAUAAUGAAAACAGAAGCUAAGGAUGGAGAAGAGGAAAGCCUGCAGACAGCUUUCAAAAAGCUAAGAGUUGACACAGCUGGGUUUAUUGCUUCUCUCUCUGUGGGUGAAGGGACGAGUCCAAGAGCAUUAGUUCGAACAGCUGCAGAGGAAGCCAAACCUAAGAAUGUGUGUAGUUCUAAGGAAACCUGGCAUGGGUCUGUGAAGAAGCCUUCAAGAGGAGCUGUGAGAACCCAGCGUCGCAGGCGUUCCAAGUCUCCAAUUCUUCAUCCUCCAAAGUUUAUCCAUUGCAGCACAAAAUCACAUUCCACAUGCAACCAACUGGUACGCAAAAGCCAGAUUGAUGCCCCAGAUGACAGCACUGGGUUUGGGAUGCCAGCCCCAAAGGCGACUUGUGCACAUGAACGAUGCCAUAUAGCUCCUGACCUUGAUCAGAAGGGAGCUGAUGUUGAGUCUUUGGGAGCUUCUGUUACAGAGUUGGUGUCAGAGAACAAAUCGGAAGAGUCUCCUGCUGCCAUUUCUCUGGUGUCCAAAGCAGGCCUAAAGACUACGGAGCUUUCUGACUUUCAAUCUGUGUCUAAGCUAAACACAAAUAAGCCAUGUUCAUGUGCAGAUAAGGCCUGUGAGUGUAAACGAUGGCAAGAUAUGGAAGUGUACAAAUUCUCUGGCUUGCAGAAUGCCCUCCCAUUGGCACCUGAUAGAAGAACAGUUGCUGAGGACCUUUCCCAGCCUUUGCCAUCAAGAACUCCCUCAAGUUCUCCACGCUCUUGCUCUGAGCAAGCCAGGGCCUUUGUGGAUGAUGUGACUAUUGAAGAUCUUUCAGGCUACAUGGAAUAUUACUUGUAUAUUCCAAAGAAAAUGUCUCACAUGGCAGAAAUGAUGUACACCUGACAGCAAUGAGCACUAAAAACACAGAAGGGCGUGUGGUUUAACUCUGCCCUCUGUCACGUCCAUGCAAGAUGGAACCCACUCCCUGCUCACUGUGCUUGCAAUAAAAACACUUCCUUUGCAUCUUAA